GUGUGAUGUAUGAUACGUAAACAAAUUUAAAUUAUUUUGCCUAUUCUAUCAAUUAAACAAUUCAAUUACCAAAAUGAAGAAAGAAGAAGUUCAAGAAAUCUUUCUAAAAAUAUUGAAGGAGGAAGAGGAUGUAUCAGCAGGAGUUGCUGCCAUUAGGACGUUAUUAUCUGUUAUAGAAAACUACAAAGUGGCAACAGUUAGAGAGCUGGAUCUGAACCUGCAGUUGGCUGUAGAUGCCAUGAAACAUUGUGACCAGCCCGUCACCGCCAUCUCCUCGGGAUGUGAGCUGUUCAUGAGGUUUAUUACUUUUGCCAAGCUUGAUGUUAAGUCCUUUGAAGAGUGUGAACAAAUUAUGCUGCAAAGAGGUCACAUAUUUUUGAACACCUUACUGGAGGCUAGAGGGAAGGUAGCCAACAUAGCAGCACAUGCCAUAAAUGAUGGAUAUAGAAUUUUGACACACUCCCGAUCAAGAGUGGUCCUACAAGCCAUGAUAGAAGCAGCUAAAGCAAAUAAAAGGUUUAAAGUAUUUGUUACAAUGUCCGGCCCUGACAAUAGCGGACUAGUAAUGCAGAAACAAUUAGAAGAAGCCGGUAUAGAUGUGACCCUCAUCCUGGACGCAGCAGUCGGCUAUAUCAUGGAACAGGUGGACCUGGUGCUGCUGGGCGCUGAGGGCGUCACAGAGAAUGGAGGAAUUAUUAAUAAGAUCGGAACCUACUCAUUAGGAAUAGCCGCUUACGAACUGAAGAAGCCAGUGUUUGUGUUGACGGAGAGCUUCAAAUUCUCUAGAAUAUAUCCUUUGAACGAGAUGGACUUACCAAAUGAGUUCAAGUACCUGUCAAGUGUCAUAAAGUCCGGUAAAGACCUGUCGAAGGAACACCCUCUAGUUGACUAUACGCCCCCUGUAUAUAUCACGCUGCUGUUCACCGAUUUAGGAAUAUUAUCACCAUCGGCGGUUAGUGACGAACUAAUGAAACUGUAUUUGUAAAUAUUUAUGUGUACAAUAAACUUUAUUUAUAAGUAUUCAA